UGCGCAGGCGCCGCCUGCCCGCAGCUUCCGCGCCUGCACGCUGGCCACCCUUGUGACGGGAGGCCCUCAAACGGCAGUGGGGAUGGAGGACGGCCUGAGGCUGGGUCCGCGCAUUUGCGAGGGGGACUGUGCUGUCCUUAAGCGGGACGACGUCUUCAAAGCGGUACCCGUGCUACGGCGGAGAAAAAUUAUUUUUGAGAAGCAGUGGUUCUAUCUGGAUAAUGCCAUUGGACAUACUUAUGGAACUACAUUUGAAGUAACCAGUGGUGGAAACCUCCAGCCAAAGCAAGAGGUGGAAGGCACUACCACAGAAACAAAAGAAGCAGGUACAGAUAAUCGUAACAUAGUUGACGAUGGAAAGUCUCAGAAACUGACUCAUGAUGACAUAAAGGCUUUGAAGGACAAAGGUAUUAAAGGACAGGAAAUAGUUCAACAGUUAAUAGAGAACAGUACAACAUUUCGAGACAAAACAGAAUUUGCUCAAGAUAAGUACAUAAAGAAGAAGAAAAAAAAAUAUGAGGCAGUUAUUACAAUUGUGAAACCAUCCACUCGCAUUCUUUCAACAAUGUAUUAUGCAAGGGAACCUGGAAAAAUUAACCACUUGCGAUAUGACACCCUAGCUCAGAUGUUGACUUUAGGAAACAUCCGUGCUGGCAACAAGAUGAUUGUAGUGGAAACAUGUGCAGGCCUUGUGCUGGGUGCAGUGAUGGAGCGAAUGGGAGGCUAUGGAUCCAUUAUUCAGAUGUAUCCAGGAGGGGGACCUGUUAGAGCUGCUACCAGUUGUUUUGGAUUUCCCAAACUUUUUUUCAAUACUCUUCAUGAAUUUCCUCUCAGCAAAGUGGGUAGUCUCCUCUCUGGGACAUUUUCUACAGAGACUCUGCCAUCAGAACCUGAAGAUAACACACUAGUGGAAGAAGAAAGUGAUGGAUUGACUGAUGAGAAGCAGGCUUCCCUACAGGAAAUAGAAGAGUCUACGACUGAAGCAGCUAUGGAGAUCAACCAAACAGAAGAGCAAGAAACAGUGGACAUUAGUGCUGAAGUUAUAGAAUUUAGAGAGAGUAAAGAAAAAGAAAAUAAAGAAAAUGUUCGGGAAAAGCAAAGAAAACAAUGGGAGAGAAGGAAAAAGCUAAUAGAAACUGCUGCUUUGUUGAGAGAGAAGAAUGCAGAUGGCUUAAUUGUAGCCAGCAAGUUUCAUCCCACUCCGUUAUUACUUUCUUUACUGGAAUUUGUUGCUCCUUCAAGGCCUUUUGUUGUCUACUGCCAGUAUAAAGAGCCAUUAUUAGAAUGUUACACAAAGCUGAGAGAAAGAGGCGGUGUUAUUAACCUAAAGCUGUCUGAAACCUGGCUACGAAACUACCAGGUCUUACCAGAUCGAAGUCAUCCAAAACUGACAAUGAGCGGAGGUGGAGGGUACCUUCUAUCUGGUAUCACUGUCAUCUUGGAUAAGGGCGAAUCUGAUUCCAGUAAUUUGGAAGCACUGAAGAUGGAAGAGCCAUCAUCUAAAAGAUGCAGAGUUCAAGACCUUCAUUAUUAACAUUUGAAGAUUGAUUUGAUUUUUAUAUCUCAGGAGUACUCCUGUUAUUUUACUAACAAGUAUGCUUUCUGUGCUCUUGACAGCACAGAAAUUGUACCUGUCAUACACCUGUCAGCAAAAAACAGCAGAGCUACACAGGUAGGGAGGAUUGUCACACUCUUCACCAGUUUACAUGAUCAGAAUGAGAAGAAAAGCCCUUAGAAGCAAACAUCCCACUGAAAACAUACUAACUUCAAAAAGAAGAGAAGAUCAAGAGAAGAUUAAGCAUCAGUGAAGGCGUUCUGUCAGUUUGUUGCCAAAAGUGGAUUAUGAUGAAGUAGUUUUUUAAAAGGUUUGAGUCCAAAUGAACACCUCUAACCCAUUUUCCCAGAACAGCAUCAGGGUAAAACGUUCUACAUAAUGAGCUGCUCCCCCUUUGGACACAAAAUCCAGCUGUGUUCAGUAAUUUAAGGAAGUAGAACAAAGAGCAAAAAUCAUACACUUCUCUUUCCAAAGGAGCAAUAAAAAGAGAAUACCAGAACUUCAUGCCAUAACCCCAUGUUUUCCUGAAAUAGACAUGUAUGUUCGUAAAUUAAAAUAGCAAAUAUUUAAACAAAAUGUCUCUGUGAGCAUUGCCUGCCAUUUUCCUGAGAGUUGUUAUAUGUUUUUAAGAUAGGGCUAUUUUGAAAAUCACUAUAUGUAUAUAUAUUUAUUCUACUGUUUUAUGAUGUGUAGCUUUCUUACUAUUUUUCUUUCAACUUUGCAUUUGUCAUUUCAAUUAAACUGCAGGAUGUUUUU